AUGACUCCUCGUAACGUCAACCUCCACCCAGACAAUCACCUCCCUGGUGCUUUGGAAUCCGCCACAUUUGAUGUGGUCGUUAUUGGUUCUGGUCCCGUGGGCCGUCAGGUGGCAACCAAGACCGCCGAAGCCGGCCUCUCCGCCGUCAUAAUCGAGGAGGAGCUCUGGGGCGGUGAAUGCCCCUUUUGGGCCUGCAUGCCUUCAAAGGCAAUUCUGCGCCCGGGCGAAGCACUUGCGGCCGCUCGUCAAGUCGGAGGGGCUCGACAGCUAAUCGCGGCUGACCGGCUGGUCGACGUCCCGGGUGUUUUCGAGCGACGUGACAAAGUCACGCACAAAUGGGACGAUGACUUCUUCGUCGACUUGUCGCUGAAGCAGAAAUGCUCCGUUGUUCGUGGGAGAGGGUCGAUAAUUGCUGAGAGGAAGGUGCUGGUGAAGAACGUUAACGGCCAGGAGAAGACACUAGUCGCCAACCAGGCGGUUGUCAUUGCCACAGGCUCGGACCCGGCCAUCCCUGGAGAGAUCCAAGGAAUCGAUCACAUCGACUAUUGGACUCCAAGAGAAGCCACCGCAGCAGACACCGUGCCUGAGCAUCUCAUCAUCGUGGGAUCAGGUGUCGUGGGCUGCGAGAUGGCGACGGCGUUUUCGACUUUCGGCAGCAAGGUCACCAUGAUCAGCGCUACAUCUGAAGUGCUGGGCCGUUACGAACCCGAAGCUGGGAAGCGCGUUCGGGAAGCAUUGAUGGCUCGUAAUGUUGACUUUCAUUUGUCGUCGAGGGUGGCCGAGGCUUGGAAGGAAGGCGACAGUAAGAUCUCAGUGAAGCUGGGCUCCGGACAGGUCGUCACUGGCUCGACCCUACUCAUAGCCACAGGCAGAAAACCUCGCACGCAGAACAUCGGCUUAGAAAACAUCGGCUUGAGUAGCUCUCUGGUCGUUGAUCAGAGUAUGUGUGUCUCUUCCGCGGGCAGCAGCUGGAUAUAUGCAAUCGGCGACGCAAAUGGCCGCGCUCCUCUAACGCACAUGGGCGAAUAUCAGGGGCGAAUUGCAGCGGCGGCUAUUAUCGCUCGAGCUGCAGGAGUUGAUGUACAAGAGUCCGAGCCGUGGAGCGAGUUCGCUGCCACAUCAGAUCAGGUCGCCGUCUCGCAGGUCGUCGUGACGGAUCCGAACGUUGCUACGGUUGGUCUGACUUUGGCAGAAGCAUUGAAAAGUGGUAUCAAGGCCGUGGAAGUGGCCGUACCAUUUAAUUUCCCGGGUGCUUGGGUAUAUGCUGAAUUCGACUAUGAAGGCUGGGCCCAAUGGGUUGUAGAUGCCGAGAGGAAUGUGCUCGUCGGAGCGACGUUCGUCGGACGGGAAGUGGGUGAUCUCCUUCACGGCAGCACCGUCGCAAUUGUUGGCCAGGUUCCUCUUGAUCGAUUGAGGCAUGCUGUUCCCAGCUUUCCCACCAGGAGUGAAAUAUACGGAAUGCUGCUGGAGAAGUGGCUCCAGAUGCGAAAGUAG